UGUUGUUCUCCGCCUCUGUUCCUCCUCGCCGUCGUCAAGCAUUGCGCCUCCCAACUCAAGUCCCUUCUUCUUCUCGUAUUCCAUCGCUCCCCGGCCGGCGGCUGCAGAUCAAAAUGGAGCGCGGCAACAAGAAUGCGAGGGUCAAGAAGGCGAGGGUGGAUGAGCCUCUGCUACUGCCAGUGCCAGCCAAUGUCAAGCAAGAAGUGGCAGUAGUAGUACAGGAGCCAAACGGAGGAGGUGGUGGUGGUGGUGCAGUUGUGGCGACGGAAGUAGCCCCCGCCGGAAAGGAGAUCGACAUCAAGAUCGACUCGACCGCGCUCCACUGCCCCGUCUGCUCCGAUCGCCUGAGGCCACCCGUCUUCCAGGUUUCUCUUCGGAUGCGGUUUUUCUCAUUCGCGUUCCAUUCGCAGCGGGAAUCCAUGCCGUUCUUCCCUGCACUUGGAUCAGCGCUGCAUGCAGGCCCAGGACAUCGUGGGUCCACUCAGACAACGGCGGCUGGAGAGAUAAUCACCGGGAUUAGUACUUCUGCUGGAGAGAUAAAACGUUCACAUGCAAAGAAUCUAGCAACAGUGCACCUACUACCUGACAUGAAUACCCUGGCUCCUAGCGGGGCCUUUGCCAGUUUUCUCACGUGCAUGUGCGAUCAUGGGCAAGGCAUGAGUGGUGGAGAUACGCGCUGCGUAUCAAACGCGAAGUGCGCGGCCGGCUGCCACACGGCUUGCAGCAGAUGCCAGAGCAAGCUCCCCGGCAAGCGGUGCCACUCGUGCGACCAGGGCGGCGCCUACGUCCGGUGCCCCGUGAUGGACGGCAUCGUCUGCUCCGCCAGGGUCCGGUGCGCCUACCACCAGCACGGCUGCCCGAGCUACGUGCCCUACUACGAGCCCCGCGACCACGAGAGCGUGUGCCCGCACGCGCCCUGCUCCUGCACGGAGCCCGGCUGCGCCUUCGUCGGCUCGCCGCGGCGCUUCCUCGCCCACCUCAUCGACGCGCACUCCUGGCCCGUGCACACCAUCCGCUACGGCACGCACCUCGGGCUCGGCGUGCGGGCGUCGGAGCCGCGGGUCCUGCUCGUCGCGGCGGAGGAGGACGAGGCCGUAUUCCUCCUGGCCAUCGGCGCGCUCGGGCCGGCCAGGGCCGUCUCGGUGGUGUGCGUGAGGGCCAACGGCGAGGCUGGUCAGCAGUACGGGCUCAAACUCUGGGCGCACGCCAGCAACGAGCGCGCCAUCACGCUGGACUGUGAAGUCACCAGCAGCGCUGCGCCGGGCGAGGUCGCCGUGGAGACGGUGGAGUUCUUGACGGUGCCGCCGGCCAAGAUGACUGGACCUCAGGCGGACAAGGAGAUGGUCAUCACUGUUUGCAUUGACAAGAGCUUCUGAUCGAUCCAUUGAUGUUGACCAGACAUGCAUGCGCUGGCUGAAUUGACCUGGUCUUUCUGCAAGCGAAACGUGACCUUGUUGUCCAUCUGAUAAUCUAUCUACUUAUGCUAAUGCAGUGUUUAGUUUAGUUGGUAGGAAUUAGGGGUGUGGUUUCACUUGGAGCAUGUGAAACUUUGAUGAUUGUGAGAACCAUGUAGUAAUCAGAUUCUUGUGUCAUGUUAGCCUUUAUCUUAAUUACUUCAUGUCACUUGAUUG